UGCAUUAUGAAAAUAUGGGAUGGCAUAAGGACAAGUUCUACGUAACCAGGAAGUGAGGACUCUGCACAUGUUCGACAGAGUACGACAGCACAAGGUGAAGAUAAUGCAUGCAGGAACAGAAAGGAAUGAAGGAUGAGUGAAGUUAUGGAGAACAAAAGUAGGCUGAAUCCUGAGGCAGUCUGUGCUUAAGUUAAAAAAAAAAAAUAGCACCAAAGUAAGAGAUAGGCAAGUAACUAAGGACACAGUGUGCUGCUAGGUGAAAUAUACAGGAAGUGCCAAUACAGUGGCAGAGAGCUGUCUGUUCUCCCAGCACUGCAGAGGCAGCCCGAUCUGAUCUAUAUUACAAGUUCCAAGACUGCCAGGAUUACAUGAUGCUUGCUGACUCCCAGUAGGAAGAGUGAGAGGCUGCAGCAGCGGAGCAGCACUACACAUUCCAUACCUUAGCAGGGCUGCUGAACAAUGGCACAGUACAGAGACAUUCUCAUUAAGGUCGUUUGGAAGAGAUUUUUAUAACCCUCUUCUCCGAGCCCUGUACUUUCAAAUCAACAGAAUGAAUCAAUCAAAACUGGAAAUGCCUCAACUACAUCAGGAACUCGUCAAAUCUUUAGCAGAGGGCCCACAACUAAUUCAGUGUACACAACUGACAAUUUGAAGAAUGCAACUGACUGAGAGGCACCCUAGCUCUCUGAACCACAAACUACUAGAUAUUCUUGUAAUACAUGAUUUUAAGACACUAAGGAGUUAAAGCCUCAGAUUAGCUGUGCUGGAACGGAACAAGCUGACAGCAUCCCAAGACGAUGCUACGUAGAAUAAUCACGGAAAGGCAAAAUAGACCUGUAAAAGCCUGAAGACCAACUGGUGAGCGGUUUUCAAAGGAAGAUCUCACACUUUAAUACAGCAGACUUAUGGACACUAUUGAUUCUGCAAGAAGCAGUGAAGCAAAAACUUCAAAAAGGAGAAUGUCAUGAUGUACCAGCAAGCCAAAUGAAGCUUUAGCAAAUGUUUUCUGCACUAUUUAGAUAUUCCUAUCAAUUGGUAUGACUAAUAGAGUUUUCCAUCCAAGCCUUAUGACCAAUUAUGCAUCCUCUUCUAAUGAGAACAAACCAAAUUAAAUAGCAGAUGGUUUUUAUCAAAAGAGCAUGUACUGGAUUUAUAAUAUAAAGCAAAUUAUGUGAUCAAGAAAUCAUUUCAAAACAAUGAGACCUGCUGCAGAAAGAGCCUGAAAACAAAUGGAUAUCUAAAUGCAUUUUAGAAGCUAGAAAUGUUGUUAUGUUUCCUUUUCUAUUUUCACAUAUUCUGGAAAAUAAAGAGACACAAUCUUGUAUUUCUUCAAAAAGAAAAUGCAAUUUCUAUCAUUUGAUGAAGUUUCAUUUGCCUGAAAAUUAUGUGCUGUUCUUUAGAAAUCCAUUAGUCAACUAAAUCUCACAAUUCAUACAACUCAAGUACUCAAAAAGCAAAUGAAUGAAUUCCUACAAAACAUGAAAUAAAACCCAGCUACUCCACUGUUACCAGGAAAACAAACUCAUGUCAAAACUGUCAAUGACAUCAUGUAUCAAUUUGUGGAAAACUACCCGGGUGAGCCAAAAGGCCCAUAAAGCAACAGUGAACAGGCGAAACACCAACUGCUCCAAAAGAAUGUGUUUUUCUCCUGUUCUGGAAAUCAACAUGCAGUCUGAAUCAAACGUCACCGUGCGAGAUGACAUUGAUGACAUCGACACCAAUAUGUACCAACCACUGUCAUACCCAUUAAGCUUUCAAGUAUCUCUCACUGGAUUUCUCAUGUUAGAAAUUGUGCUGGGACUCGGCAGCAACCUUACCGUCUUGGUACUUUACUGCAUGAAAUCCAACCUAAUCAACUCUGUCAGUAACAUUAUUACAAUGAAUCUCCAUGUACUUGAUGUAAUAAUCUGUGUGGGAUGUAUUCCUCUAACGAUAGUGAUCCUUCUGCUCUCACUGGAGAGUAACACUGCUCUCAUCUGCUGUUUCCAUGAAGCUUGUGUUUCCUUUGCAAGUGUUUCUACAGCAAUCAACGUUUUUGCUAUUACUCUGGACAGAUACGACAUCUCUGUAAAACCUGCAAACAGAAUUCUGACAAUGGGAAGAGCUGUAAUGCUAAUGACAUCCAUUUGGAUUUUUUCUUUCUUCUCAUUCCUGAUUCCAUUCAUUGAAGUAAACUUUUUCAGUCUCCAAAGUGGAAAUCCAUGGGAAAACAAGACCCUGCUGUGUGUCAGCACAAGUGAGUACUAUACUGAGCUUGGGAUGUACUAUCACCUUCUGGUUCAGAUCCCCAUCUUCUUCUUCACAGUUAUAGUCAUGUUGAUCACAUACACCAAGAUACUCCAGGCUCUUAAUAUCCGCAUAGGCACUAGAUUCUCAACAGGACAGAAGAAGAAAGCCCGAAAGAAAAAGACAAUCUCUCUAGCCACACAUGAGACCACAGACAUGUCACAAAGCAGUGCUGGGAGGAAUGUCGUAUUUGGUGUGAGAACUUCAGUUUCUGUAAUAAUUGCCCUCCGGCGAGCUGUGAAACGCCACCGGGAACGAAGAGAAAGGCAAAAAAGAGUCUUCAAAAUGUCAUUAUUGAUUAUUUCUACAUUUCUUCUCUGUUGGACACCAAUUUCUGUUUUAAAUACCACCAUUUUAUGUUUAGGCCCAAGUGACCUAUUAGUAAAAUUAAGAUUGUGUUUUCUAGUCAUGGCUUAUGGAACAACUAUAUUCCAUCCUCUCUUGUAUGCAUUCACCAGACAAAAAUUUCAAAAAGUCUUAAAAAGUAAGAUGAAAAAGCGAGUUGUUUCCAUAGUUGAAGCUGAUCCCAUGCCUAAUAAUGCUGUAAUACAUAACUCAUGGAUAGAUCCCAAAAGAAACAAGAAGGUUACCUAUGAAGACAGUGAAAUAAGAGAGAAAUGUUUAGUACCUCAGGUUGUCACAGACUAGAGAGAUGUCUCAGCGCCACCAAAUACAUUCAGAAGAAUUUUAAAUUUAAAUUGUAAAAACGAAAUUACUGCCAAAUGUAAGAGAAAACAUUCUAGGUACCGGUUAUGUUGUAAAUUUUCAAUGUGAAUGUCAAUUAGAUUAGGUCAUAUAUACUCAAUUUCUUUAUUAUUUAAUGUAUUUGUUGCAUGGCAGUUUGUUAAAAAGUAAUAUCAUGUGUAUAUUUUGUCAAUAUUAUGUCCAUCAGAAGAUAUCCAUGUAAGUCAUAUUUUCUAAAGAAUAAAUACGUAGCCUUAAAACAGUGUAUAACUUUAAAACAUAACUGACACAGGAAUCUACGUUUUUAAAAACAAUGUAUGAAGUCGAUUAUUUCUAAGCCACAAACUACAGAUAUAUUUAUAUGAUGGUGAGUUGCAUAAAGUAUUUAACACAAAAAAAUUAUAGGCUCAAAAAAAAUCAAAGCAAG